AUGACUACUACUCGCUAUAAGUACACCUUAGGGUUUAUCUACUGCCCGGAAACGGAGCAGGUGCUAUUUUUGAACAGGCAGAAGCUGCCAUGGAUGGGCCGCUGGAACGGCGUCGGAGGCAAGCUUGAUCCUGAAGAAUCUCCUUUGGAAUGCAUUAUUCGGGAAACUGAAGAGGAAACCGGGUUGAAGGUUUCUCUGUAUAAAGAUAAGGGCGUGUUGCGCUGGGCACGCGACGGAGCCGAUCUAGGCGGUGUUCAUUUAUUUGUUGCCGAAGUGCCGCUGCUGUUUGUGGCCGAUUACAAGACCCCUCGGUGUUUCUGCCAUGAAGGCGUGCUUGAUUGGAAGAAGCUUGAUUGGUUGUUGCACAAGGAGAACACCGGGGUGGUGGACAAUAUCCAGAUUCUACUUCUGGACUUGAUUUUCAAGGAUGAUCGGAAGGUGUGGAUCGCCGAAUACACCGACGGGGCCCUAUCCCGCUGUGAGGUUAUUGACACUUUAUAA